UCAGGUAUAAUAAUGCAUUAAAAAAUGCUUUUAUUACCGGAAAUGACAAUAUUCGUAGUUUCAAGCGGGACGCACGCUAGGCGUUUUGUCAAUUCCCAGCAUGCACCAGUCAAUUUCAACAUGGCGGACACGAUUGAAAAUGAAUCAGCCGAGACUUUACUCUCCAUUAAGAAUGGAGGUUAUCCCACAGUCGAUCAAAUUAAAACAGAGGUUGCCGAUGACCUUAUGGAAAUAGAAGAACAUCAAAUAUCGGCAAAUUCUUUGGAUUCAAGCAUGGAAACAGAUGACAAUGAACCAAUGACUGAAUUUGGUCCAGCUGCAUUGGGUUUACAACGAGUUGGUUCACAACCUCCACGUAAACCUAAACCACCAACACAGCCAAUUCAAGUUUUAAAUCGUCGUGGUAUGCCAGCGAGAAUAAGAAAAAAGAAUAAACUCUUUUACGAUGAUAUUUUGGUGAAUCAUCCUCAUCAUAGAACAUAUUGUUAUAGGAUAAAGAAAGAACCAGGAACUAUUGAUGUGAAACCAUCACCGAAGAAAUUACCACGUCCAUCGCCAGCUAAAAAACAAUUACGAUUGAGUGACACUAAAAAAAUUGUCAACAUAGUGAAAGAACCUUCUUAUCAAACGCCGAUGAAAGUGGAAAAAGAUAUUGAUAAAUCGAUGCAACCAUCGUCGCCAGAUAGACGAAUUGGUCAAAAAAUUGGAAUGAGACUAAGAAAUUUAUUGAAAUUACCAAAAGCUCAUAAAUGGGUUUGUUACGAGUGGUUCUACAGCAACAUUGAUAAAACACUUUUUGAUGGCGAUAAUGAUUUUAUGAUUUGCCUUAAAGAAUCAUUUCCACAAUUGAAAACACGUAAAUUAACACGAGUUGAAUGGUGUAAAAUUCGUCGUAUGAUGGGAAAGCCAAGACGUUGUUCACAAUCAUUUUUCGAGGAAGAAAGACGUGAACUUGAAAGAAAACGACAAAAAAUUCGUAUGCUUCAACAAAGAAAAUGUACGGAUAUUCAUGUAUUUAAAGAUUUACCACCUGAAGUUCCCAUGCAACUUGUAAUUGGAACAAAAGUAACUGCCCGACUACGUAAACCACAAGAUGGAUUAUUUACUGGCAGUAUUGACGCAGUCGAUACAAGUAAUAAUACUUAUAGAAUUACAUUCGAACGAGCUGGACUUGGUACACACAGUGUACCCGAUUAUGAAGUUUUGGCUAACGAAGAGCCGGAAACAAUAAGCGUGGCAUCAUUUACACAUAAAUUUAGACCUCGACAUGUUCAAUAUGUGCCUUCGCCUGCUUACAUGUCAAAAUUAAAUUCACCUCGAUUAAAUCAUGAUCCAUUAAUAUCGAAUGCUUUGAUACCGAAAAAAUCACACAUGGGAGGGACAAUGAAUGGAUAUCCGGUGAAAUUACUUGAAAGUAUGGUGAGAGUCAAUAAAAUACUCGUUGAUAAAAAAAUGAAGGUACGAAAAUUAAAGGAAAUGAAUACAGACGUUGAAAUGAGAAGAUCACUCGGUGAACCAUUGCCUGCUGAUUUUGAAAGAAAAUAUGCUGGAAUUGUGGUGGAAUUGGAAAGAAUGAAUUUAGCUCUUCAAGAGUUUUUAAAUGAAGUACAGGAAAUGUGUGUGGCUAUUGCACCGGAACCAAGUGUCGCUGCUAUGUUGGCACCAUCGCAUCUUAGAGAAAAAUGUAAACAAGAAGCUGCUGAAAUGGUGGCAAAAAAUAAUAUGCUCAAUGAUAAAGAACCAAAUAAUAUGAGCCAACUUGUUACUGAUUUAACAGCAUUGAUACUUCAGGUUAAGUGUCUAUCGGAUUCUGAUAAAAAUGCCUAUGAAUUACAAGUGCUUCAAGGCACCAUGGAGCAAGUUAAAACGAAAUUAAGUCCACAAAAUCAGCAAGUAUUUCAAAAUUGUGUUGAAGUUCAUAUGCAACAUAUACAAUUAGGUUUGGGUCAAUUAGGCACAUUGACGCCAUUCAUCUCGCAAACAAUUUAGCACUAAUCCCGGAGUUCAUCUUCUUCGAGUACAAGAUUCUGAACUAUUAAAAAAAUUAAUAAUCCAAUCGGUAAAACAAUUUAUAUAUUGAAAUAUAGUUCAGAUUUUUUUCGAGGUAAAUUUAUACAAUUUCAGAUUGAAUAUAAAAAAUGAGUGAAUUUUUUUUUUAUCAUUUUUUUUUUUCUAUUGAUACUUUUUGAAAAAGGUAUCGAGACAUGUAAAUGUGACCUUGAAGAAAGGUCUUUUUUUUUUUUUAGUAUUUAAUACAAAAUAUUUGUGUGUAAAGAUACAUAUAUUUCGUCAAAUUUCUAUAUAAUAAUAGAAUCGUUUAAAAAAAAAAAAGUAUAUUAUGUUUUGUAUAUAUAUAUAAAAAAAAACAUUUGAGGAAAUGUUUACAUGACUCGAAUAAUAUAAAUCGUGUUCAAGAUUAAAUAUGUUUUCAAGAUUUAUGUAACAUUCCAAAAAUGGUUAAUUUUCAAAGAUUUCUAUAUAUUAACAGUGAAUGAGAAUUUAACAAAAAACGAAAAAAAAAAAAUAUUUUUAUGUAUUUCAUAAUUAUAAAAAUGAUGAACUAUUUAUACAUUUUUUCUGCAAGCAUGAAAACGGAAAAAAUUACAGAUUUUUUUUAUUUUAUAAAAAGAAAAUUAUGAAUUUUAUAUUACAUAUUUGAAGAUUAAAUUAUAAAUGUUCGCAGAAAAAAAAAAUAGAAAAGUUCCUCAAAUUUGAAUUAAAAAAAAAAAAAAAGAA